AUGGUAUCUAUUAAGUUACCGUUCCCUUAUUCCUGGCGACGGGCUAUGUUGCGCUGGGUAUCUCAGUCGCAGCUGGCUGCACAAUCGCAAUAUGUCCUGAAAUUCGCGUUCAUUUUUGUUUUCAUCCUUUUCCUAGAUGCUGCAAAUCGUACUUAUAAUGUACAAACUGAGAAUAGAGAUGAACAUAUUAUUGACACAAGAAGCGAAGCAACUAUUCACGAGUUUCCUCGCAAUAACAGUUAUAGGAAACCUCGGUUCAAGGGAUCUUAUUUCCCUUGGGUUCUUCUUGCGUUUGACGUUCUUCGAAUGGGUGAUGUAUUAUCAACAGCUAUCGGAAUAAUUGCCGGACAUAUUUAUUACUAUUUACAAGAUCUUUACCCAGCAUCUGGUGGGCCAAGAUUAUUAAAUACUCCACAAUUGUUGUACAGAUAUUUCCCACCUUCACCUAGUGGAAUAAGGUCAUCAUUUGGAACCGUCAUUCCGCCGAGAAAUCAGAAUAGUGCCGGUGAGGGAUCAACACAUAUAUGGGGUAGAGGACAAAGAUUAGGUUCAUCAUGA